AGACGGCCUGGAACGCAACCACGUUAUCUGAGAUGAUGUGUUCUCGCGACAUUGGUACCUGCUGGAAACUGUCACCUGAGACGGACUGAAUCCGGGGACAGGAAUUAGGAAGUAUGUCUGUGAAUGAUGAGGGCUAUGUGGUGAGGAUUCGGGGCUUGCCUUGGUCCUGCACCCAGGAGGAAGUGGCAGGGUUCUUCUCUGAUUGUAACAUUGUCGGGAAAGUGAAUGGAGUGUGCUUUACCUUCUCUAAAGAGGGAAGGCCUAGUGGAGAAGCUUUCGUUGAGCUGAAAACAGCAGAAGACUUUAAAAAUGCCAUAGCGAAGGACAGGAAAUACAUGGGCCAUCGCUACAUUGAAGUGUUCAAGUCAAAUCGUAGCGAGAUGGAUUGGGUGUUGAAGCGCAGCGGGCCUACGGACUACGACAGCUGCAGUGGUUGUAUGCUACGCCUCAGAGGACUGCCCUUUGGCUGCAGUAAGGAGGAGAUAGUGCAGUUCUUUGCAGGGUUGAAAAUCGUGCCAAAUGGGAUAACAUUGCCGAUGGACUACCAGGGGAGGAGCACAGGGGAAGCCUUCGUGCAGUUUGCCUCAAAGGAGAUAGCAGAAAAGGCACUGGGGAAACACAAGGAAAGAAUAGGGCACAGGUAUAUAGAAAUCUUCAAGAGCAGCCGGAAUGAAAUCCGUGCCUACUAUGAGCUUCCCCGGAGGAUGAUGGGGCAAAGGCCCGGUCCUUACGAUAGACCCAUGAUGGGGCGAGGUGGGUUCUUUCCUGGUCCGGGACGAGGGGGAGCUCUUUUGGACCAAAUGCGUGGAGGUGGGGGCUACAGCGGGGGCUACGGUGGAUUUGACAACUACAAUGGUUUCAGUAAUUACUGUUUUGGUAACGGCAUGUUCGACGACCGAAGGGGUGAUCGAGGCAGAGCUAUGGGUGGCCACGGCUACGGCUCUGCAGGUGCUUCCAGCUCCCACAGCGGACACUUUGUACACAUGAGGGGCCUGCCUUUCCGUGCUACUGAGGGAGACAUAGCCAGUUUCUUCUCGCCACUCAGUCCUGUGAGAGUUCACAUCGACGUGGGGCCCAAUGGAAAAUCCACAGGCGAGGCCGAUGUCGAGUUUGGGUCUCACGAAGACGCCGUUUCAGCUAUGUCCAAGGACAAGAAUCACAUGCAACAUCGAUACAUUGAGCUCUUCUUAAACUCAACUGCUAGUGGAGCGUCCGAAAUGGGCCGUAGCAGUGGUUUCUAUGGUAGUUCAGGAGGCUCUGGCUCAAGAGGGAGUGGAUUGAGGGGCAUGUUCUAAGCAGGCGUAACCACCGUUCUCAACCAGAUGUUGAAGAUUUGUUUUGUAUCUGAAUGUUUUCACAUGUUCACGGAAAGUACCUACUACUUAGAAUAUUUUCCAGUCUCAAAGAGUGGAUUAAAAAAAAUAUAUAUUUGAGCGGUUGCAUAGGCCAACCAGCUAUUGUACAUUUUACUGAAUAAAUUUUAUAUUUAAUUAUCA